AAAUAGCAGUUGUAAUCUAGUGUGAGUUUGUAAAUUUCUUUGCAAUAAUUAAUUAACUUCACAAUGAACAAACGAUGCAAGUUGAAACUAAAUACUGGUGGAAUGUGGACGUAUGUUCAUGUGACCUUAUUAUCUUGCAAAUAAUUGUUAUCGGUGUAUGUAAAGCGACAACUAUUGUGCCAGUUAAAUUAAAAGUUUAUGCUGACUCCAUAUUCUGGUGAAAAUUAAACAAAUGUGAUUUUUGCACGUUUAGCUUCAUUUAUUUACACAUAAACUGGUAACAUGGUUUCGUCGGGGAAGAAGAGUGGAUGUUUGAUGGGUUGCGGCUCCGUAAUGGUAGUUGUCGGAGCUGUCAUGGUGAUAUUUUGGCCAACCUUGUUCUUCAAUCAGCUUAAAAGUAUGAUGAUCCUCUCGGAAGAAUCGACAUCUUUCUCCAUUUGGCGAGAAGUUCCUAUUCCAAUGUACCUGGAAUGCUACAUGUUCAACAUCACAAAUGUGGAUGAAAUCAUCGCUCGAACAGCUAAAACUAUUCAAGUGGAACAGCUGGGACCCUAUGUCUUCAGAGAAUCACAUACUAAGGUGAAUUUGACAUGGAAUGACAACAGUACUAUAACAUUCUACAACCAGAGAUAUUGGCAUUUUGAACCGGAAAUGUCUAAUGGCUCCCUGACAGAUUCGAUCACCAGUCUCAAUCCUAUAGUUGUGACGAUAGCAUACUUCAUGCGUAACAGCCACCCGCUAAUCAAAGUGACAGUUGACGUUUUCCUCCGCACGUUACACGAGCACAUGUUCCUGUCGGCGCCUGUCGCCGAUUGGCUGUUUAAUGGAAUCGAUGAUCCAGUACUGAAAAUUGUAGAACAUUUUCCGGAACUACCAAUUAAUAUUCCGUAUGAUAAAUUCGGAUGGUUUUAUGAGAGAAAUGGUUCCCGGGAGUACGACGGUAUAAUGUUAAUGAACACGGGUGCGACUGAUUUUAGUAAAUUGGGAAAUAUUGAAAAGUGGAAAUACUCGAACACGACGAUGUAUAGAGACGAAUGUGGCGAAGUCCGGGGCUCAACGGGAGAACUAUGGGCUCCUGAGAUAGGACAACCUGAAGUUACGAUAUUCGCUCCUGAUAUAUGCACAUAUUUGAAUCUCGCGAAGAAUGAGACAGUUACGGUUUUGGGUAUCGAGGGAAUGAUGUACGUCGCGAAUGACUCGGUCUUUGACAACGGAUACAGGUAUCCGAGAAUGGCAUGCUACUGUGACGAAGUUCGAGAUGAGAACUGCCUUCCACCGGGAGCCCUAAAUGUGUCUUCGUGUCGGUUUGGAGCACCAGCUUUUGUCAGCCGGCCUCACUUCCUCCGUAUGGACUCGUAUUACCCAAGCAAGAUUAGUGGACUUAACCCCACAGAAGACAUGAACUUCCGUCUGGCCCUGGAAAUGUUCACUGGUAUGCCGUUGACUGUAUCAGCACAAUUGCAGAUAAAUCUACUUGUCAGACAUGUAGGAGGAAUCACUAUUAACAAUCAACUGCCAGACGCAGACACUCUUAUGCCAAUGUUCUGGUUCCGCCAAGAAGUCAGGAUGAACGAAGAGUACGCGAGCCUCGCCCGCUUCGCUCUGAACCUGAGAUAUUAUAUGCCUGUUGGCUUUUAUGCGCUUACGGGUAUUGGUGUGAUAUUAUUAUCUGUAGGCAUUUGGAUAAUACUUCAAAAGUUACUUAGAUCGCCCGAAUCGACGCCCAUACUUUCCGGAGCGUCACAGGAAGACGUAUCGGUGACGGAGCGGUAGUAAUCUGUAACACGAUACCGGUUAAUUUACCGGUAAAAUUGUGGUGAUAGAAUGUGUGACGCUGACUAUAUGUAAAAAUUGGCUGAAAUAUUAAAAAAUGGACUUGUAUAUGAUUGAAAAGUAUUUUUUAAAGAAAUUACCGUAUUAAGUGUGACGAGCUUAAGACACGAUCUUGAUUCGGGACUUCGAUAACAAAAGAGCCUAGUGGCUCCUUUGUGUGUCUCUUAUCCCUAAGGUCGUAGGUUCGAUCCGCGGCUGUGCACCAAUGGAAACCGGUAUGCCUGAGAGUCAAAAACUCGAGGGCGUGUGUCAGGCACAGGAGGCUAAUGACCUACUUGCCAAUUAGAUUUCAAAAUGAUCAUGAAGCAGAUUCAGGAAUCUGAGGCGCAGACCUAAAACGGUUGUAGCGCCACAGAUUUUUUUUAUUUACUUCGAUUAUAACCCAAACAUUAUGAACGCUAUAUUUGGCAUAGUAUGUUUGCCUUGUCACUGACAAUAAAUGCCGUACUAACAUUGACAAGUACGUCUUUUAUGACAUACACGUAUGUCAAAUCCAUUAAAUUUGUGACGUGACUUACGCUUAAGAGUGUCUAAGAGUUAUUAAGGCCCGUUAGACGGCAAUUUUACUUUAGUUUCAUUACAUUAAAAACCGGUAUUAUCGGUAAUUAUUUAAAACCGGUAAUACGUAACCGAAUUAAAAAUGAUAAAUGGAUUUGCAGCUCAUUUGUGAUAUUACCAAUGUAUGGAUAUUCUUAAUAAGUAUGUUCAAUAAUAUUUUUUAUAUGUUACGUGAAUUUAUUUGUAUUUUAUAUUUUUCACGUAAGUUGCGCAGAAGUUUUUUUAAUGUAUUUUUUUCUUGAUAUUUUACGUAUUAAAUUAAGAGAUAUUUUUAUAUGUACUAUUAUAUUUAGUUUUAUUAUGUAAUUAUAUUACAUAGUAACAUAAUUAAUAUAGCCCUGGAUUCGAUUCUUCGUUUAAAGAAUGAUUUCUCUUUUAUUUUUUCGCUUUUUCUCUUAAUACCAAAGCUGCUAUCUUUGUCUUUACCUUAGUGAGUGAUAGAGACAAUAUUUAAUUCACCUCAUUUUAGUAAGUUUUAUAGAGAGAUACCGAGAUGUUUAUAAUAAAUGUAUAUAUAAUCUAUACUUAAUAUAGUAAUAUACCUCUUGGUGAAGAAAAUAGCGAUCAAUAGUGUAAUAUUUUCAGUUUUUUAUAACUAAAUUUAUAUAAUUAUUUAAUAGAAUAAAAUAUUCAUGUUCUAGUUACAUAGUUAUAUUUUAAAUUAAACUAUGCACAUUCAUACAAUCUAAUUAAAAGUAAAAACAUAAAGUUACCAAAAUUGUUUAAUGAGUCAAUCAUUCCAUGUGCCUUGUAGUUUUAGCAUUUGUUAUUAUAUCGUUCAUAGUAUAAAUGUGUUAAUAUAUUUUUAUAAAUAAACUAAUCAAAACUA